ACAACCCAUCUGCUUCCUAAUAUUCGGUUUCUAAAAUAUUAUAGAGGUGUUGGCCGUUUUAAAGGAAUUAAACAAUGUUUACAGGCAUUACCGAUCUACAUAGGGCUUUAAUACUUUUGAGAACAUCUGAAACUUUUUGAUUGGAUCUAAUUAUUAGGUUGAUGUAUAAAAAGAUCCGUCAAUAAUUUUGAGUUUAGUUUAAGGUAUUUUACUUUGUUUAACGCCUACAAUCCCUAUUAAAGAAAUAUAAAAGUGAUAAUCCGUAUAAAUAUCGGUAGUUUCCCGUUUGUUUACAUUUUGAUCACAUUUUGUGCCUUUAAGACGCAACGUUUUAUUUCAACCACUCCCACUUUGUGUUCAUGAAUGGUAAUCUGGUUCCAUCUAGUGGCCAACUUCAACAAUGCACCCUUUUAAAAAAACAUUUAUGACCCUCUUGCUCUGCCGUAUCCUCGCAUCUCAGCAACGUCUUCCUGGACAAACACACGUGGAUUUCCACUGACGACAGUCAGAAACAACAAUAACAUGGCAAGUCAGGGACUCGCCUACGACGGCUGCAAUUUCUUCAGACAGCGGCUAGUUUUCUCCACACUCAGCGGGAAGCGGGUUAAAAUCAAGAACAUAAGGUCUAAAGAUAACGACCCGGGGCUCCGCGAUUUUGAGGCCAGCUUCAUCAGACUGUUAGACAAAGUGACCAAUGGCUCCAGAAUAGAGAUCAACCAAACUGGUACUGUGUUAUUCUACCAGCCUGGCUUGUUGUUUGGAGGUACUGUGGAACAUGACUGUAACCCGCAGCGCUCGAUUGGUUACUAUCUGGAAGCCCUGCUCAUGCUGGCUCCAUUUAUGAAGAACUCUCUGAAGGCCACUCUGAGGGGAGUCACCAAUGACUCAGUUGACCCGACUGUCGACCUGCUGAAGUCCACAGCCCUUCCUCUGAUGAAGAAGUUUGGCAUUGAUGGAGAGGGCUUUGAUCUUAAGGUGGUGAAGAGGGGGAUGGCACCGGGUGGGGGAGGAGAGGUUGUUUUCACAUGUCCUGUCCGCAGGACAAUCAGGCCAGUCCAGCUGACUGACCCAGGAAAGAUCAAGAGGAUCAGAGGAGUGGCGUAUUCGGUGCGAGUUUCUCCUCAGAUGGCCAACAGGAUAGUGGAUUCUGCCAGAGCCAUCCUCAACCAGUUCCUUCCAGACAUCUACAUCUACACUGACCACAUGAAAGGAGCCAACUCGGGCAAGUCUCCAGGUUUUGGUCUGACCUUGGUGGCUGAGACGCUGAAUGGUUCCUUCAUUAGUGCUGAGAUGUCGUCCACGCCGCAGGGGCAGGGAGACCCUGUACUGCCAGAGGACCUCGGUAGGAACUGUGCCAAGCUACUUUUGGAGGAAGUACAUCGGGGCGGCUGCGUGGAUUCAUCCAAUCAGAGCUUGGCAUUGCUCUUGAUGACUCUUGGCCAACAGGAUGUGUCGAAGGUUCUGCUCGGACCCCUCUCCCCAUAUACGAUCGAGUUCCUGAGACACAUUAGAGAUUUCUUCCAGAUCAUGUUCAAGAUCGAGGUCCAGAAGCCUUUAGAAGACGAAAGGAAAGGGGGUGACAAGGUCCUGAUGACCUGUGUAGGAGUCGGUUACAGCAACAUAAACAAAGGUCUAAAAUAAAAAAGUAUUUUUAUAUAAAUGG